GGCACACAUUUAAGCUCAAAUAAAGCUCAAAAUACAGACAUUAUUCGUCCAAAAGUCUCCCUCUCCCGGAAGACCUGCCAUUGCUGCGGCCAUUGUUGGAACCAAACAAACCUUCCCUCAGCCAGCGUUCGCGAGCCUAAAUGAUCAGUCCACGAUGGGGGAUGGAAUGCUUUCCUUGUCGUGGAACAACCACAGCGCCACGUUCUGCCAUACGCUCUCCACACUAAGAGCAAAGGACAGGUACACAGAUGUCACCUUGGCGUGUGAAGGAAAGUUUUACCCUGUACACAAGUUGGUGUUAUCAACUUGUAGUGAAUACUUUGAAAACAUGUUUGAAAAUACUCCAUGUAAACACCCUGUUAUUGUGUUGCGAGAUGUUCGAUGUGAUGAGCUUGAGGCUCUUCUUAGUUAUAUGUAUGCUGGUAUUGUAAGUGUUGCCCAAUCAGACCUAGCACAGCUGAUCAAAGUGGCAGAGUUGCUGCAAAUUAAAGGUCUAGCAGUGCCAGAUGAGCCUCCCAAUAGUAACAAGAGGCCAUCUGAUGAUGAUAGAACUAGUCCACACAUGAGAACUCGCCAGGGUCAGAAUGCCAGCAAUGACCGGAGUAGCCCGUACCUCAGGACAAAGCAUUCCCAGGCAUCCAGUGAAGACAGAGCUAGUCCCCUUCCCAAGAGGCGAAGAAGAACGGAUACAGAAGUCUCUCUUGAAGAUUCCCAGUCAUCCAGUGGUAUGCAGUCUGUGAGCAAAACGCCAUCGCAAGCAUGUGAACAGCAAGACCAUUCUAGACUUUGUGGUGAAAUAGAGGAGACAGACAACAGGAAUGGGACAGAUCAGAAUGAUUAUCAGUCUAGUGCGCAGGAAUCACUUAUUUCAAAUGUACAGGUAACAUUAGAAGAGACAUUGGUAAAAGAGGAGGUAUUGGAAGAUAUGCCUGACAACCAGGCAGACACGUCAGAUCCAGGCCAUGAAUUUGACAGCUCGACUGGGGGCCAAGACUCGGGUAACUUGAUGAUCCCGAAGUACGAUGAUCAGGAUUCUGAAGGCCUUACGCAGUCUGGGCUCAGUCAGGCUCCCCCUCUAUCGGAAGCUGUUAUAGAAGCACUCGCUGGUCCAUCAGGAAUGCAAGGUUGGCCAGGAGGUGGUGACAUGGCACGACGACUAGCCCUUGGAGAAGGUUUUGUUGACACUAACCAAGAUGUGUCAGCACUCACCUUAGGCCAGGCCGGCUCCCAGGCACAUCAGCUGGUGGGACUGGUGGUGAGCGAUCACUGGAGAGAUGGGAUAAGACCCACACAAGGGCCACAAACCCUUCCAGGCACCCUUGCCAGGAAACACCUUAGCUUCGCCUCGUAUGAAUCUCAUCGGAUCAGUAGGCUCCACAGGAAAUAUGCUCAAAGUAACAGUGAAAGAAAACCCUAUCUGUGUCCCCAUUGUCCAUUUAAGGCAUCUCAGCGUUACCUGCUGAAAAACCAUAUGCGCACACACACAGGGGAAAGACCUUUUUCAUGCUACCUAUGUUCACAGUGCUUUGCCUCAAGAGGUACGCUAAAAACCCAUAUAAUGACCCACACUGGAGAAAAACCUCAUUCGUGCCACCUCUGCCCAAUGACCUUUGCACGUGGCAGCACUCUGAAAUCCCAUAUUAUGACUCACACAGGAGAAAAACCCUAUUCUUGUGACCACUGUUCGUAUAGGUGCACACAGAAGAGUGAUCUAAAGAAACACAUAAACACACACAAUAAAUAGUCGUUUUUGAUAUUGUUUUGUGUAUAUUUUGUUUGAUUUCUUCUUGAACUGUUUGACUUACUGUAAUGUUUAGUUAGAAGUGGAGAGUGGAGAUACAUGGGACUGAUGAAUUUUCAAAACCUGCACCUUGCAUUCAAACUGCUUGUAAUAAUGCCAAUGUAUACUUAUAAUAAAACAUGUAGUUAUUGAA